GACCUGAAAAUCUGACUCCUGUGAAAAGACUGAAGACUUAAAAGAUCAUGUUUUGUAAAAAUGUGUAUAAUCGCAGUGCAAGUCGGUCUGUAAACUUACUGAUUAAAACUUAAUUAUAUUUCUAUUAGUUUUACUGAAGCUUUUCAAACAUGUUGGAUUUUUUAAAACAAGUGCAACAGACUUAAACUUAGAUUUAAACUCCGUCAUUUUCCUGUGUAAUGAAUCGGUUGUGACUCAUCAGUGUGCAGAUUUGUGUGUGUGUGUGUGUGUGUGUGUGUGGUCGCAGUGGAGUCAGUGUCAUGGCGGUCAGCAUCAUGUCGGCUCGCUGUCGAGCGUCCGUUCUGUUCCUCUACCUCCUCGGUUGCUUCCUUCAUGUCCUCGUCCAAGGAGAAGUGUUUCAGGCUCCGCAGGCCCAACACGUGUUCCUGCGCUCCAGACGGGCCAACACGUUCCUGGUGGAGGAGAUCCUGCAGGGGAACCUGGAGCGCGAGUGCUAUGAGGAGCUGUGCAACUACGAGGAGGCCCACGAGUACUUCGAAGACACCGCCAAGACGAUCGCCUUCUGGACCGUUUACUACGACGGGGACCAGUGCAAGCCGAACCCCUGCCUCCACGGAGGGAACUGCACCGACAAAGUGGGGGGGUUCCACUGCUCCUGCGCCACCCCCCACUACGGAACAGUCUGUGAACUGGGAGCGCCUGGAGAUGGAGGACAGCCACCCUCCUCGCCAUGUUGGCCCACACCCACAGAAAUCUCAGAGUGUCUGACUGAAGGUCCGACAGCGUGUCACCAGCUGUGCACGGCGUCCUUCCCCACCUUCACCUGCUCCUGCAUGUCGGGAUUCAAACUACAGACGGACGGACGAAGCUGCCUGCCUGAGGUGGAGUUUCCCUGUGGAAGACUUCCUGACCAGUUCAACACGACUGCGGCAAUGUGUCACCAUGGAAACUGUCCCUGGCAGGUGUCCCUGCAGAACUUCGACGGGGUGGAGCUGUGUAGUGGCGUGGUGCUGGGUCGAUUCUCUGUCCUGACGGCCGCCCGCUGCCUCUUCCUGGACUCAGGAUCUGAUCUCCGACCCUCCAACUUCUACGUGGUCCCUGGCAACGAGAAGAUGCGCGUCCCUGUCCGGGCUCUGUACGUCCACAACCGCUUCCGUCCAGAUCACCACGACAACGACCUCGUCCUCCUCAAGCUGGUCCGUCCGUUGCACUUUAGCCCCGCCCUCAUCCACCUCUGCCUGCCCACCAAGGACUUCAGUGAAAACGUCUUGAUGCAUCCUGGGAGGAUGGGAAUCGCCGAGAGACGGGGGGUCAGUCGGACCCAAAAGCUAGUCUACAUGACACUGGACGAGUGUCGCAGUCAGCUGUACGUCUCGCAUCCACUCAGCAACAAAAUGUUCUGCAUGAGGAGCCCGAAUGGACCUUUGGGGAACCAAAAUAGAGUCCAGAGGAGCCUAAAUGGACAUUUAGGGAACCAAAAUGGAGCCCAAGGAAUGCAGAAUCGAUCUUUAGGGAACCAAAAUGACACCCGGGGGAACUCAAAUGGCACUCGGGGGAACCAAAAUCGACCUUUAGGGAACCACAAUGGUCCCCAGGAGAGGCUGGAUGAGCAUACAAUGAACCAGAAUCCAAAUAGAGCACCAGGGACGCCAAAUGGAGCAGAAAACAGCGGCAGUUCAAAGAGACAUGAUCACGAGCACUCAGCAGGUGGUGGAAGUCUGAGGUCAGAGGUCAGAGACCGGCAAUGUGGCAACCAGUUGCCAGGGACACCCGUUGCCACAGUGGAUCGAGGGACGGCGUUUCUGACUGGGCUGCUGACGUCGUCAGCUCCAGGCUGCAACGGCGGUCUGGUGUUCACCAAACUUUCCCGCUACCUGGCCUGGAUCAAACCGAGGCUGGAGGACGCCGAGGACCACAUGACCCCCCAAGUCAGCCAGUACCCUGAGAGUCGCUAACAAGAGACCGCCAUCUUUAAAACUCUUUUCAUCAUC